CCUGGAUCCUGGAUUAACUCUCUUUAUACCAGCGGUAACAUCAGCAAGAAGAGCUCAAAGUUCUCAGGAGGGUUUUAAAAGGAAAAAAUUUGUAAUAGGAUGACACGGCGUAUGUACCGUCGCUCCAGGACAAUCUGUCUUUCCUUGGCCCUCAUCACCGUUUUCCUUCAUCUCCUGUUGGGGAUUGUCUCGUUUUCCAUUCACCACCUGCCCUGUGACCCCCCACUGCCAACAAGGACACAUGUCCUUAGAGACUUAGUACGCACCGACUACACCAAGGAGGAGAUCAGAGGUCUAGCUGAUCCUCCAACUGACGCCAAACAAAGUGAUUCUUCCUACAAAGAUGCCAAAAAGGAUUCCAAAAAUAAAUCAUUGGAGUCUGACUUGUUAAAGCUUCGGGCACUAUUUGACCAUCCACUUUACACCAUCCCCAGACCCACCAUUCCUGAGGAUGACUGGCUGCUGAGAGUGAAACCAAAGGUCAAGGCAAGUGAGAGGAGCUCGCUGAUGUGGGUGAGCGAAAGCCAAGAUGGCUAUGAAGAUGUCCAAUGGAACAGCAGCAGUACCAGCCACCCUCCGUGGCUGCGCUUCCAUCUGGGAAUCACACGCUGGGAGCUCUACCUGCAUCUUGACCCUAAUCUUGAACUUUUGACUCAGCAGCUUGCCACGCAUCGUAUCUUGAGUUCAGUGCAGAAGUCUGGGGGGACACAAUUGAAGCUGGUGAUGUCAUUUCCAAACUACGGACAAGCCUUGUUCAAACCUAUGAAGCAAGAGAGACAUGAAGAAACCAACUACAAUCUGUACUACUUCUCUGACUUUGAGAGACAUAAUGCAGAAAUAUCAGCUUUUCAUUUGGACAGAAUUUUGGGUUACAGAAGAGUUCCUCCUGUGGUUGGGAGGCUGGUGGAUGUGGUCAAGGAGAUCAAAGAUGUCACCACUGACCGCAAGUUGGCCAAAACCUUUUUUACCUCCCCUGUGGGCAAUGUGUGUUUCUAUGGUCAAUGUUCCUACUACUGCUCCACUGAGCAUGCUGUUUGUGGACGUCCCCGGUAUCUGGAGGGCUCUAUGGCUGUCAUGCUGCCAGAUCGCUCCCUCGCGACCCGCAGGAGCUGGAGAUCCCCAUGGAGACGCUCGUACAGCCGCAGCAAGCUGGCAAAAUGGGAGACAGAUCCUGAUUAUUGUUCAACGGUGAAGAAGACCCCGCCGUACGACAAAGGCACAAGACUGGUGGAUUUUAUGGAUAUGGUCAUACUGGACUUCCUGAUGAGUAACUUGGAUAGGCAUCACUAUGAAACUUUUGAGAAGUUUGGCAACAAUACAUUUCUACUACAUCUUGACAACGGAAGGGCAUUUGGGCGUCACUCCAAAGAUGAGCCUUCUAUCUUAACUCCACUAACACAGUGUUGCAGAAUCCGUCGUUCCACAUGGUUACGUCUUCGCCUCCUGGCUUCACCUCAGUAUCAUAUCAGUGAUGUCAUGAGGGCCUCACUGUCUCUGGAUCCCCUUCACAAGGUGGCUCCGCUGCUGGCUGAGCCUCACCUUGCUGCUCUCAGUCGACGUUUGAAUACUGUGCUUGAGACUGUAAGACGUUGCCAGGAACAACAGAAAGAAAAUGGUGGUAGUGUCAUCUAUGAUGACUUUGCUGAUUUAAAAUAGAGAAGCAUUUGGGUAAAUCAGCCUCACACCUCAGUGUUAUAGUAUUUUUAUGUAUACAUAGCUCACGCUCAACUUGUAUGUUAAGAUGUUCUGAGUUACAGUUACACAGCCUUUAUAAACAGGACACAAGUGUAUGGUAAUAAUGCCUUAACUGCUGCCUUAUGAAUAUUUGUUGGUAGUAAUAGUUUAAGCAACAGCUCAGUCAUUUCUAAUAAAUAAUUAUUUGGAAUAUAUUUUUAUAAAAAUAAGGAAAGCACGAAAAAAUACAAAGAAUUAUUGCUAUUAUUGGUAUUAUUAUUAUUGGUACUGUUAUUGAUUUUAAUGGUGAUGCUAGCUAUCAUGAAUAUUUAUGAAAUAAUGAUGACAACAACUUCACAAUUACAUUCGUAGAUUUAUUGAUGUCAUGGCAUUAGUAGUGGCUAUAAUGACCAGUAUUUUCAUUAUUUUGACAUAUAGCUCUAUUAUGCAGCAUUUUAUUUUAUUUUUCCAUUUUCCAUUAUUCAAUCAGAUAGAUGGUAUACAGUUCCCUGGAUGAGCAGAGAACUGGAGUCACAAGUUACAUUUCAUGACAUGUAACUCAUUACUAUGUCACGCACAACUUUGCUCCAUAUUUGUUUUGUUAUUAUUACAUUAUGUUGUAUUCCACAUCCUUAUGUGCUGUUGUAAUUAUAAAAAAAAAACAUAAAUGGACAAAGACAAAUGAUGAAAUAUUCUUGUUUGCUGUCAUUUUGUCUUUUCAUUAAACAAAUUUAAUAAUUUCAUGUUUAGUUCAUGUUAAUCAUUUGUUUAAUUUUCUGCUUUUUGAUAGAUAAAGGGAGUUUAAUAAGUGAAAUAGGACUGUGCAGCUACAGUAUAAUGCGCUUUUUAUGGUUGAAUUGUUAAUUUGUUUCCUUUAGCUUGCUCCUCUGCUAAGACUUAGUGCUGACAGAAGAGGGAGCUUUGACCUAUUUCUCUUUUUACUGCUCUUAACCUGCCAAGUUAUUCAUGUGGGGGCAUUGUGACCUUUUUACUCCACUUAAAAACCAUAUCAUGGCUCAAGAAGAGGAGUGAAAAUAAUGUUAUAGUUAACUGAUGUGAUCCAAAAUGUGUUUGCAUAUAAAACAGUUGAAUGACUGGACAUACUGACACAUUUGUGGUUGAUAGUGUGUAUGUUUAUUUUGGAUUAAGAUGUAGGAUUAGGAAGAGGUAAACAGAGAGGUGUGGAAGAUCAGGUGAUGCAGGAAGCAGGAAAGAAGAGCAGGUAUACGAGUAGCUGGUGUAAAGUAAGAAGGCAAGGCAGUUUAUUUGUAUAGCACAUUUCAUUUACAGGACA